CAGCACAAACCUACCCGGCGAGAGUGAAACUGGACUAUCUUGCAAAAACACUUUGAGCAAACACACCGCUCAAUGGAAAGCAUCUGAUAAGAGCUGCUGCGUUUCUGGUGGCUCAGUCAAGAGGACUUCGGUGCUCCCAUUAGGUCUGCGGCUUCAUCAGAGCUGUCUCACCUCCUCUCUCCGGGGGAGACACCAUGUCCACGACCGUCUGCCAGGUGGUGGGGUUCAUCGUUUCGUCGCUGGGUGUUGCGGGGUGCAUCGUGGCCACUGCCAUGGAUAUGUGGAGCACGCAGGACUUGUAUGACAACCCAGUCACGGCCGUCUUCCAAUAUCAGGGACUAUGGAGGAGCUGCGUGCGGCAGAGCUCUGGCUUUACAGAGUGCCGGCCAUAUUUCACCAUUCUUGGGCUGCCAGCGAUGUUCCAGGCUGUCAGGGCCCUCAUGAUCGUGGGUAUCGUCCUGGGCAUCCUUGGCCUCCUUGUGUGCAUUUUUGCUCUGAAAUGCAUCCGUAUCGGCAACAUGGAGGAUUCUGCAAAAGCCAACAUGACUCUGACCUCCGGCAUCAUGUUUAUUGUUGCUGGUCUAUGUGCCAUCACCGGAGUGUCUGUGUUUGCCAACAUGCUAGUCACAAACUUCUGGAUGUCCACUGCCAACAUGUACCAGGGCAUGCAGAACGUCCAGAACAGGUACACCUUCGGCUCAGCCCUCUUCGUUGGCUGGGUGGCAGGUGGCCUGGCCCUCGUAGGAGGCAUCAUGAUGUGCCUUGCUUGCAGAGGGCUGAUUCCAGAAGAAUCCCGUUACAAAGCGGUGUCCUACAACGCAUCGGGGCGGAAUAUCUCCUACAGAACGGGGCCGUAUAAGGUUGGUUCAGGGUAUGAACCAGAAACGAAGACUAGGAAGGGUGCAGGGUAUGAAGAAGCUGCUCGAAGUGAGGAUGGAAGACGCUCGUACCCUUCAAAAUACGACUACGUCUAGUAGACUUUCUGGGCUUGAGAUGCACUAUCUUUUAUAAAAUAUUUUUCACUUCAGAAGCAAAAAGUAUACGCAAACAAAGCAGUCUGUAAAUAGGAUUGUGUUUUCUAUCAUGUUUCCCCUGCUCUGAGGUUGUAUCUUAGCUUGUUAUGAACAUCAGUUUUAUUCGACUGCCUGUUAGUGUACCUACCAUAAGGAGGUCUGUAACAAAAGUAAUGCCUUUUUAUGCUCUCAGAGUAGAACAAUUUGCUCAUAUUUUAUAUAUAAACUCUGAUAUCCAGGAGCAGGACUGUGCCUUGUGCCCUUUUCUAAUUCUUCUAAUAGGUUAAAAUUCCCAUUUAAUAAUAGCCCAGAUGUAAAAGCAAUGCUACCCCAUUGCCUUUUUCCCCUUGAGCAGGCUUUCAUGCAAGUAGGUGGUGUCAUCCUCUACUUUCUCAGAGUUUGGAGAGGUGAACAGCAUCCCGUGACCUCGGUGUCCUCUGUUCAUCAGAAAAAAACAGUGCUUUGCUGAAAUGAUAGUGUAUUUUUGCUCUGGUUUUGCCACCUUUUUUUUUUUUUUUUUUUUUUUGAGCAGGUUGAAAAGCAAACAUUAUAAUCUAGCAGUCUCCUAUAUUAUUUUGCUGUGUAUUUUAAGUAAAUUCGGUUGUGUCCCUUUGGCUGUGGCCAAUGCAUACAGACUCCGUAGUCAUGGCCUUUUCCUCCCUGGUGACUCUUUCUAGUCAGACACACCUUUGCUUAGCUGGUUGUACUACGAUGCUGAUCUGCUGUGAUAUUUAAUCUGAUUUAUGUUACUUAGACAUUUGCUAUAACGCGUGACACCAAAGUGUAUUUAUUUCUUCUGAUCUCUCCAGGGACUAUGUAUAAUCCAUUGUUAUUCCUAUGCUAGAUAUUUGCUGUAAUAGCUGAAAACCUCUGUGUGCGACCGGUGUUCCUGCAGAUGUCAUCUUUAAUGAAGCCAGAUGAAUUUCUCAUUUAGAAUUAAUUAGAGUUACAUUUGGAGCAGAAAUCCCAGGGAGCAUUAGAUGUGUAACUCCAUACUGACACCGGGACUUUCUUGUGUUAAUUCUUCCCCCCAAUGAUGUGAAGAUUAACCCCUUAGUGGGAUGCUGACUCUUCUAGCCAAUCCACCAGAGAGGAAUUUUAUUCGAAGGGGUCGGAGGAGGAGACACAAGAGCUUGUGUGGGAGGGGACAGCUGUGUGCCAUUGCCAGGUCCUCCCAUCUGGCUCCAGGGCACAUCCUGGCAAAGCUCUGGAAAGUGCCUAUGAGCAGAGCAAAGGGUACUGAGGGAUAAGUUAGAAAAAAGAAGUCCCAAACCUCCAAAGUAGCCAAUGUGAUAGAUAUCUGCAAUAGGGUUUAGCUCCACUUGUAAUGAUUAUAAGUUCUCUGCAGGAGCUCACUGGCAAAAUUCUUUUCGUGACAUGCUGAUAUUCCCUUGAGUGGUUUCAUGUUCUGGAGGGAUCAGAGGUAGAGCUGAACAUUUCUCCAGGACCUUUGGUAGGUCAAGCCACGAGCCUCGCUGGCAUCUCUAGUAGCUUGUAUGAAUAGUGGGAGCAGGCUGUCUCACUGAACAUCGGUGCUCCCAGUGAGCACAAACCAUCCUAACCAGCUCUCCGUAACCAUCACCUCACCGUAACUAUCAGCUCUCCAUAACCACCAGCUCUCCGCCACCUCCAUGGAGGCACAUCUCCAGCACAGGUCCAGGAGAUAUGGAGAGGUUGCACCUCGGGUAGGUCAAUGGGAGGAGGAGGAGGGAACGCCCGGCAAGGUGCAGCGCCAGGGGCUGAUGGUCAGAGGAGACUACCACCACGCAGAGAGGUGGGAAGAACUUCCAUCCAAGAGAAGCUCUUGGUUCCAUCUCAGCUGGAUGUCGGCCCCUGCUGCCACCUGGGAUAAAUCUCUACCUCUGCUGCAUGUCAGCACUGACUCUGCCUUUCGUACUGGCGAAGGAGUCAUUUUAAGGAUCUGUUUUUAAAGGAGAACAGUUCAGUUUUGCAGAGAUAAAUCCCCUCCUAUUUUAAAAAUAUCAACAGUCUUUACAGCGGAUUUCACCCCAUCUCUCAGAGUAGACUUAGCCUUUCUGCCUCUUUUUUGCAUGCUGGUUUUAUUUUUUUUGUUUGUUCUGUUGGUUUUUUGUUAGUUUGUUGUUUUGGGUUUUUUUUUACUUGAAUAUUAAAAAAGAAAAAGUCUUUAAGACCAAAA